UGUGUUACUGUUGACUUCUCGAAAUGUCCAGUAAGACCAUCGAUUCAUGAAGUGGAGUAAAUGUUGAAGAUUAACAUGAAGCUCAACGUAGCAGAAAUUAAUGCUAUUCAAUUCCACCAUCUACGUCAUGCGGUACUGAUUAUGUUCAAAAACAUUAGUCAAGCGGAAUCUUUUGCUUCGAAUAACUACUUGAAACCACUAAACUGGCAUGGACGUGAACUAAAAUGCCAGAGAAGACGGACCGAAUGACCCCCGAGUUGCGGCAGACAACGCACUUUAUGUUUGUUCCAAGGAAGAUGAUCUCAACAGGCAGCAGCAAGCUGCGUCAACUUGAUGGACAGUUGAACGUUAAUUUUAAUUUUCACGCGUUGUAAAAAUCUUAAAAGACCCACGGCUCAGUUAUGCUAACGCAUGGAGCUGUGUCAAAUAAACAAGAAUAAAAAUGAAUUUCAUUUUCUAUUCUCUCAAUGUUUACGUUUUGAAGUUAGGACAUAUUCAAAUGUUUCUCUUGAAUUAGAAAAAAUCGGACAAUUUGAAAUUUUGAUAUCCUACGAGAUUGGUCUUAUUGCCGUAAUACAAUCCAGAAUUAUGAGUUGUUUCGAGUUUUGGUACAGUGAUGACGAGAAUGAAGAUAGUGAUGAUGAUUCUUUGGAACGUUCAGUGGUGCGCUUAGAACGACGAAAAAUACGAGAUAAGAGUAAUCCUUUAGAUUUGCCUCACGACGCUUUUAUUAAGUAUUUCCGGAUUUCUAAGGAUCUGUUUAGCUACUUGCUAAAUAUUGUUGAAAGCAAAUUGGGUGGCACCGUUGGAUCUGCUUCGGUGUUACCAAUCACCAAGUUAUCAGCCGCAUUGCGGUUCUUUGCUGAAGGUAGCUACCAAAAAGGAGUGGGAAACGAUAUGUUCGUAGGGAUGGCACAACCCACGCUAUCAAGAUCGUUGUCUUCUAUAAUUGACAUAUUUGAAACCGAAAUUUGUCAUACCGCAAUAAAAUUUCCCACAGAUGAAGCAGAAAGAAAUGAAAUUAAAAUGGCAUUCUACGAAAAAACUGGAUUUCCGGGAGUAAUAGGGUGUGUCGACGGCACUCAUGUGAAAAUUGUUACGCCUAACUCGAACAUUCAACAUCUUUACUACAACAGAAAAGGCUUUCAUAGUUUGAAUGUUAUGCUGGUAUGUGAUCAUAAACUGAGAAUCCGCUACGUAGAUGCAAACCAUCCUGGUUCUAAUCAUGAUUCCUUCAUAUGGAACAGUAGUCCUCUGGAUACAAUGUUGCAUGAGAUGUACCAAAACGGCGAACAAAAUACCUGGCUGUUAGGCGACGCCGGAUAUCCGUUGAAGCCCUAUCUGAUCACCCCUUUUCGAUCUACUACAAGAACUCCAAGUUCGGAAAAUCAGACUAAAUUCAAUGAAAUACAUUCAAAAGCAAGAAUGACUAUCGAACGAGCAAUCGGAGUAUUGAAAAAUGUAUUUCGAUGUAGCUUAGGUGCUCGACAGUUACAUUACAAACCGGAAAAGGCUGCAAAGAUUGUAAAUGUGUGCUGUGCAUUACAUAAUUUGAGGCUUCGAUUUAAUGUGCCACUAGAUGGUGAAGAUUGGCAGCCCAUUGAGAAUGACGAACAUGUUGAUCCUGUAGUGGAAGAUGAAAGUCACAUGUCUGCCGAUGAUAUUAGAAGAACAAUUAUGAUGUCGAUUAUAUAAAAGUCAUUGCGUAUUCCGUCAAAUAA